AUGGCAUCCUCUUCCCUAUCCCUCGUUUCUCACGGCUCAGCCGAUGCCGGCCCCUCUCGCCCUCGCCAACCCCUUGUCGCUCACACCGUGCCCAAGGAGAUGAGCACCGAGUCUCUCCGUGGCUGGGUGCGGGGGCUGGUCGACAAGCCCAAACAUGCCAUCUUCCAGGUCAAGAUGACCAUCGAGGAGCUGCAGCAGGUGCCGCAGAUGCAGGGGGAGUUUAUGACCGAGUGGCAGAUCAACGGGAGGAGACCGCAUGGGAAGGAUGCUCUUGCUCUACGCACACAGCCGAGUCUACCCAAUAUGAAGACAACUGAAGGCCCCGCGGCGAGCGCCUCCUCUGCCUCCCUGCACUCUCUCCCGUCAUCCGCCGGCUCUUCCAGCAGCAGCAUCAGCGGGCUCGGCAUCACCCUCUCUCCCCUCACCAUCUCUCCCGCGGCUUCCAAUCCGCCCUCGCCCCGUGCAAUCAAAAAGCCCACCGACCCUACGCCUCUCCGUCAGAGUAUCGGCCCGGACUCUAGCCCCGUCACACCCUCCACCGAGCACCCCGUGACCGAGAGCCCAGAGCUACUCCCUCCGCCCGAAAUCUUUGGUGGACGAAAGCGGCAAAACAGCCUGGACAGUGGAGAAACCGGGAGCUCGGACAAGAGCAGUCCAGCUGCCUCGAGCGUCGUCUACUUUGGCGAGACAGCUCCACGUCCGAGCCGAAAGCUGUACGACGAAGCGGUAGUUCCUAGGUCCAAUCUCCCUGCGACCCGGUCAGGUACCACUCCCUCCGCCGCAACCCUGCUCGACCCCGUGCCCGGUCGAGGCGACUUCCCCCUCAUGCGACCACCCACCAUCACCCGCUCCGCCACCGCUCGCUCAGUAGAGACCAUUCCCGAGCCAAAACGCUCACGCAUCCUCUCCACGUCCUCUGCCCGUCGCACCGCUUCGGACGCUACGUCCAGCCCCCAUCGGAAAGGCAGCACUCCCCCUAGCAGCCUCCACCAGUACACGGUCAACUGGAAGGAAUUCACCAUCCAUCACACCAUCAAAAUCCCUCUCGGCAAGCCCGUCUCUGCGUCUGGCGUAUCGACGCCGGGCAAGAGCGAGCAGGCGCCGCUCCUCGGCGGAGGACGGGACUCGGAGUCGGGGUUCAAACUCAGCAUCUACGAGGUCCAGGGGUCGACUUUGAGCGACGGGCCGAACGGCAUGAACAAGGAUGCCUUGUCGGUCAUGCACGGGGUGCACGUUGCAAAGCGCCACCCCGACAGGCAGGCGAGCGAAGGCAGGGAGAAGCACAAGGGCAAGACCUUGUAUGGGACAGUGCACUCGGACUUUGCGCAGUUCGCAGGGAGGGGCAAGGUGCACCGCAUGUUUUUGCUGGCGGGGUGCAAGACGAAUGCGCGGAUCAGGGUUAUGAUUGAGGUCAAGCAGAUCGGGGGCGAUACACAUUGGGCAGCCCCCCCGCUGGAGGACGGACAUCAUGUUACCGGCGUUCGAGACUUGGUCGGUGACGACCAACCGGCACUACACGAGCUCGUCCGCAACUCGUCCGGCUCUUCGUCGGGCUCGUCAGCAUCCGCAAACGUACCCGCUCCCGCUCGCUCGGCCACCUCGCUGGUCGGUUCCAUUCCCGGUCCAUCCAAGACCUCCCUAGCUCCGGCCAAGACGAGCUACGACCACCAUCUCAAACCCUCCGACGCCAAUCGUGGACCUCCAACUCCCAUGCCCCGUCAUCCAUCUACCCUCGGCGUGUCAGUGCAGGGCCGACCAGCCUCAGGCGAGCCAGACGACCAUCCCACUCCUACGCAAAACACGGACCACCUCCUGAAUCCCUAUCACCUCCGCAAGGUCUCCCCUCAUCACAGGCAUUCCUUGUAUGUUCGGCAUCAUGGCCGGCGAGGACUGGCCCAGCAUCAAACCUUCAUGGGCGUCAACGAGCAACCGGCUGACGUGAUCAUCGAGGCGAUUUUUAAUCCGAGGCCGGUAUGGGAGGAGCCAAAGGUGUCGCAAAAAAGCCAUCUCCCAGCGAGAGACAGACCAGCGGAAGAUGCGGGAGAAGUGGAAGGGGAAAGUCCAGGUGCAGAUGCGGACGAGGGGCAGGAGGGCAAGCCAGGAACGGUAUGGGGGAGGAUGAGGCAGAGGGCGCAGAGCAAAGCAUCAAAGGACAAGAAGGAUAAGGAUUAG